AUGGACUACCCACAUAGGCUCCCCUACAGGAAAAUCUACAGGGCAGCUAAAGGUUUCAAGGAAGAGUUGGGGAAAGGAGGCUUUGGCAGUGUCUACAAAGGUCUGCUGCCCAGAAGCGGAAUCGAGGUUGCAGUGAAGAGAGUCUCACAUGGUUCAAAGCAAGGGAUGAGGGAAUUUGUGGCAGAAGUGUCAAGCUUGGGGAGGACAAGGCAUAGAAACCUGAUCCAAUUGCACGAUGGCAAGUUGGGUGAUUUUGGGCAUGCGAAACUGUAUGACCAUGGUACCAAUCCCAAGUCUACCCAUGUCGUUGGUAGUCUAGGUUACAUGGCGUCGGAGCUCCCUCGCGCCAGCAAAUCAAAGAUGAGCUCCGAUGUAUACUCUUAUGGUUCCUUGCUCCUGGAGGUGGCCUGUGGAAGGAGGCUGAUUGAGCCCGGAAGACCUUCUGAGGAGAUGAUUCUGGUGGAGUUGGUCCACUCUCAGUGGAAAGGUGGACGAAUACUGGAUGCCAUGGAUAAAAGGCUCGGAACAAGCUAUGUGGUGGAGGAAGUAGAGCAGUGGCGUAGCAACAUGGUGGCAGGUACUGCACCUGAAUCAAGGCCAAACAUGCGGCAAUUGACUCAGUCUCUUAUUGGGUAUGUGCCGCUACAAGAUCCAGAACACCGAAAUCUAGGUAUUCAUGAUCAAGGCAUGAACCAACUACUUCUGCAGUAUCCAUCUCCAGAUCACGCAUUGUCAACUUCGGCAAGCUCAGUCUCAUACGAAAAGGCAUUGUUAACCUCAGGAAACUCAGGCCCAUACAGGAAGGUGUCAUCUGCUCUGGCAAGGGGACUCAGGGAGGGUGGGCGAAGAGCGGCAGCGCUGGCGAGGAAGGGGCUCGCCGGAGGAGGAGGCAUUAGGCGAAGGCGGAGGAGGGGGAGGCAUUGGGCGAAGGCGGAGGAGGAGGCCUUGGGCUCACCGGAGGAGGAGGCGUUGGGAGAAGGCGGAGGAGGAGGUGUUGGGCGAAGGCGACAUAGAAAGAAGGCCGUGGGGAGUCUGCUGUAG